AUGAAUAGAGGAGCAAACUCAGUUUCCCUCCCUAAUGAUCUCAUUUACGAGAUACUCUCGAGAUUGCCAGCAAAGUCAAUAAAAAGGUUUCGCUGCGUGUCGAAGCUAUGGGAGUCCAUUAUUUGCCGUAAAGAUUUCACCGAGUUGUUCCACACCAGAUCCUUAUCUAAUCCACGUCUCUUAUUAAUUAAAGCCCAACGAGGCGGUCAAUGGAGCUUCUUCUCAAUGCCUCAGAAUCAUUAUGGGAAGUCGUCUUUUGUAGUAGCCGACAGUUUUCAAAUGAAAGGCGGUAAUGAAUUGGUUUUUCAUAUUUUGACCUUAGGAACUGGAAAAAUGAGGUGGAGGAAUAUCCAAUGUCCUACAAACCAUGUUCCUAUUCCUCGGUGUGAAGGGAUAUGCAUCAAUGGAGUUUUGUAUUACUUAGCUCAACAAACUGAUGAAUGGAAUGAAGUGAUAGUUUGCUUUGAUGUUAGGUCUGAGAAAUUCAAGUUUCUACUACUACAGGUAGAAUUCGUGAAGUGGCCUACUCAAUUGAUCAACUAUAAGGGUAAAGUAGGGAUGAUUUUGGAGGAUGGUAAUAAACGUAGAUUUCCCCUUAAGUUACAUAUAUGGGUUCUAGAAGAUGUCGGAAAAGAGGAACUGACGGCAUAUGCCUACACUUUGAGGGAUGAGAAUAGGGUUGAUAACGGUCACAGUAUUCUUUGUGUUGCUAGGGUGACUGCUUCAGGUGAAAUUGUUUUGGCAAACACUUUAUAUAAACCGUAUUAUGUUUACUUCUUUAAUCUCGAAAGGAACACUCUCCGUAGAGUUGAAAUCCCAGAAGAGGAAAAAUGGUCUUGGGAUCAUAGAGUUUACUACUUUGUAGACCAUGUCGAGGAUCUUAGGUUUGAUGUCAUGAAGACAACAUAUGCGGCAAAAUCUAUAAGCCGACCAGAACAGAGCACAUCAUCAUCUAGAGGAGAUCAUCAAGUGACGACCGUUGCUCACGAGCAACAAGAUUAUUGAGAGCGUUAAUCUUUGAGGCUAUGCGUCCUUUAGAAGAUGAUUAAGAUUUACUGGUGCCAAAACCUAAUUGCUUGCUUUACUCCUCAAGCCAGAUACCCCUCUUUGACAUUGACAAGUUGAUUAUGUCGCUUGGCGUUAAAGAAACAACAUGGUCAACUCAAAACUGUAGUCAUGAAGUAAAACAAUUAUCAUCAGUUGUAUCGGAGAUUGAAAUCUGAAUCCAAAGAUCAAUGUAAUGAUAUAUUGUAACCCCAUAUGCGA